CGGCCUCCCAUGCUGUGGGAUCGGGAGCGAAGCGCAGAGAGGGGUCAAGGGCUGACCUGUGUCGCCGCCGGCGUCCCCACCUGCUCUGGGGGACCCAGUCUCUCAUUAGGGUGAUAUAUUUGACGCCAUGUUCCCUGUCACUCAUAUCGCGGGAGAGACGGUCAUACAACAAGGAAAUGAAGGAGAUAAUUUCUACGUCGUUGACCAAGGAGAAGUGGACGUGUAUGUGAACGGCGAGUGGGUGACCAGCAUCAGCGAAGGCGGCAGCUUUGGGGAGCUGGCCCUGAUCUAUGGCACCCCCAGAGCCGCCACUGUGAAAGCCAAGACAGACCUCAAGCUCUGGGGCAUCGACCGCGACAGCUACCGGCGCAUUCUCAUGCUGUCUGAUGCACGGUUGCAAUAGCUGGAGCUCCAGCUGCCAUCUUGGAUCAUGAGGAGGCUUUGAAAACGAAAGCCUCUUCACCAAGGUGGUAAGCAGAGAUGUGAGGGGGGCUCCCCGCUGGCACAGCUGGGCUCAUUUUAAGAUGGCUCUUAUAUGCAGCAGGUAGUGGGAACAGUGUACACGUGUCUGUGAAGGUGUGGGGUGGCUCCAGA